UCGACAUAUGGCAAUAUGAACCGCGUCAAGACAAACUACUUUUAUCUUGACACUGCUUUAUACUGAAAUUCAGCAGUUGGCCUCACGUGUUCAUGAGCUCGACUCAAAUUUACUCCUCCGAAGCGUAGCUAGCUACUUCUGAAGCAGAUGAAGGAAUCACUGCAACGUCUGUGUAGCCCACACCUGACAGAGAGCUGGUAGGUAGCUUUCAGGAGAUGGUUCUGUCAUAUCAGGCCAGACGUUUCGUAUUUGAUUACGGCAUUUGCCUCCUCCUUCAGCAGACUACGUGACGUUGAGCGGACAGGUGGAUCUGAUGGAUCUGAGUUUGAGAGAUAUGGCGCAGUGGACAAUGUGGACACGGCAGAGGAUCGGUAUGUAGGCUAGAGCUUAUAAUGCUGCCUCACGGUUUCAGGAUGAAGUCAUAGCGACGGUUAAAACGCACGCGGCCUGAUGUAAACAAUUUUAAACAGGACUGAGGAGCAGCGACGCGACGCUCGUCCUUGAACGCUUGUGAACUUCGCUGUGAGACUGUGAGGGUCGUCUCUCAUCGGUUUCCCCUCAGGGUUUAGGCUAAUGGACCAGAUCGUCUGCAUUCCAGGAAGUUUUUCAUACACAGUUCCGUCCACUGGAGCUAAGGGCCACUCCUCGGCUUCUGUGGCAGCGGAGAGCUUUUUGUGCCAUUGUCUGAGAGCUGGUCAAGUGCACUCUGAGCAUGCUGUUCUCCCACUGGAGCGCACCACCUUCCACCGCCUCUCCCCGUGCUGGGAGCUCAAGCUUUGAGUUCUCUCAGCAACUGAAGGUAGCCCUAGCAUGAAGCGAGCCCCCAGAACCAAUGGAUCUACAGCAGAGAGCCUGAGGAGGCAGGAAACAGCAGAGGAACUCGCCAAGGAAGUCAAAGAAGUGGCUGGACAGGUCAGAGGCCCGAGAACAGUAUUUGGGAUGGUGAAAAACAUGGAUGGACCUGCUGAGGACCUAGCAGAGGAGGAGGAAGAGGAGAAUGAAGCAGAGAGAAAGAAGAAGUCUGCAGCCGAACAGGCUGCAGCUAGAGAAAGGGCAGCUCAGAGGCAACUCAUGGCCAUCCAGGAACUGAUGGACACGGAGAAGAACUAUCUGAAACACCUGCAGAUCUGCACGGUCACUAUCCGCAGCAACCUUCAGAAGCUACAGCCCCCCCUGGCGAAUCUGGAUGGGAUGUUCCAGCACAUAGAUGAAGUGAUGGACGUGUCUGGCAGACUCCUGAGCCUCAUGGACCAGGCGCAAAUGCGGCCCAGUGAUCCUCAGUAUCUGGAAACUCUCUGUAUGGCUUUCCUGAACAUGUCACGAGACAUAGAGAUGGCAUAUAAGGAGUACCUGGCCAACUACAAUAACAUCACAGCAAUAGAGAACGGCUACAAACAGAAGGAGGCCCUGUGGAUGGAGAUGGUGAAAGUAAUCAAGUCCUCUGCGCCAGAGGUGAAUGCUUCCACUCUGAGCUUUUUCCUGGUAAUGCCCGUACAGAGAAUUGCCCGCUACCCCCUGCUACUACAGACCAUUCAGAAGCACACAGAUGUUCAGCACCCUGCCUAUGCCCUGUUGGAGCAGACUGCCCACACAGCUGUCCAGCUGAACUGCAGGAUCAAUGAAUACAAGCGCUUCCGUGAAGUGGCUGAUAAGUAUAAGAAAACAGAAAACUUGACAAUCAAGGACAAGAUCAACCGAUUGAGUGGCCACAGUAUUGCCAAGAAGACAGCCAGGCUGAGCCAGUAUAUUAAACAUGAGACUGGAAUGGUAGCAAAGGUAAAAGAUGAGGAGUUUGAUGCCCAUGUUGGCUUUUUCUAUAUUCUGGAAAAGGCCAUCAUAGAGCUGCAUGACAACAUGGACGCCUACCUCAGCCACCUGCAGCGGUUCCUGAGCUGCAGGCCAGAGGAGGCUGACUUGGACCUGGAGGGAGAGAAGGCCGCCCUGUUCUCAAAGGAAAUCACUGUGGCACUUAGACAGUGGAUAUACCCUGCAUAUGAGGCCCGUCUGAAGACUCUGGUCUUCAAACCUCUGUGCUCUCUGCGGGAGCUGAUGACCGGUCCGCGCAACCUGAUCCGCAAGCGGCAGGACAAGCUGCUGGACUUUGAGAUGAUCGAGGAGAAGAGUAACCUGAACUAUGACGAACAGGCCGUGGCCAACACCUACAAAACCAUCAACACGCUGCUGCUGACCGAACUGCCUCAGUUCAAUGGAAAAACCUUACAACUGCUGUGGGCCACGCUAGGUGCUUUUAGCUGCUUGCAGAGGGACCUGGCUGCAGACAUGGAGCAGCUUGCGACCAGCUUCACGCAUCAGCUCCCACACAGCUAUCUGGACAGUAGUGCAUUCUGGGAGUGGGCAGAGGGCUCGGUGCUGGAGGAAGCCAGGAGGCUGGAGGCACUGUGUCAGAGUGUUCAGGACGAGCUCAACGCGCCCAUUGUGCAGACCCUCAACUCUGUGUCUGAGAAGCGUCUGAAAGCUCUGAUGGACAAGUACAACCCGGAGAAGAUCUACCAGCUAACUGGGCCGGUAGUGGCAACCCGUGACCUGGACCUCACACUGAACAAGGGCGAGCUGGUGGCUGUGGUCAGUGAGAUGGACACACGAGGGGACCGCCGCCGCUGGCUGGUAGACGCAGGAGGUCCCCGGGGCUAUGUCCCGGCUUCAAAGCUGAACCGCUACCAACGUGUGACCACAGAUCCACCACCUCCUUCCCCGAACCUGACCGCCACGUCCAUUGGGCCGGGAACCAGGAGACACUCGUACACGCCUGGAGCUCAGCCUGUGGUCAGCAUGGCCCUGCCCUGCUUCCAGGUCUAUGCAGGCUAUGACUUCACAGCUCGGGGCAGUCAUGAGGUCUCUCUUCGUGCGGGUGAACCCGUGCGGGUGGUGGAGCCACAUGAUAAGCGGGGAAACACCGAGUGGAGUCUGGUGGAGGUCCGGGGGCAAAGGGGCUACGUGCCCUCCAACUACCUGGCCAUGCUGCCCUCUGUGGUCGCCUCGCCCACCCUGCCCUACCCCUAGCGUCCAUUGCCGUGGACUGUCGCCAUAGCAACUGUGUCUCUGCUGCUGCUGCUGCUGCUGAAACUCUGUGUUUUCCUGCCCUCCACACACACAUACAUUCACACAUAGACCACCAUGAGCACUCUUACUGAAGGGCUCUUUAUAACCACGGGGGUGGGCGAUGAUUCUACUGACUGGUGUGCGAGCUGGAGUGGUGCUUGGGCCCCGCCAUGAAGAGGUCGUUCAGGCCCUCCGGCUUAGCCUUGCUUAGAGCCGCUGCAGGGAGGAUCACACUAACAGGUGGAAAUGAGCCGUGUGGUGCUGAUGGAGUGUGUGUUCUGUGUGUGUGUGUGUGUGUGUGUGUGUGUGUGUGUGUGUGUUUUGAGACUCUUCAGCAGCCCUGUUUGUCUGUAUGGAUCCGGCUGUUCUUUAAAUGUGAUGAAGGGUGGCUGGAUUCUUCUUCAGAGUGGGGCAGCAGAGUGACUGACAGUCUUUGGGCUUCAUGCCCUGCUCUGCGGUGGAAAGAAGCUCACGAUCCCUCAGAUUUGCCACUGAAUAUGGAUUUCAGGACAUGAGUCAGCUCUCUUCUGCUCUAAUCUCAGUGCUGGCUCCUUUGCAGAAGGAGAAAUGAUCGCCAGCACUGGAUGAGCUUUGGAUGACUAGUUUUAAAUUAAAUUUUAAAUUGUUUCUGGCUGGAAAAGCUACUAAUAUUUUAGUUCUUUUCAUCUUAUUGACUGUAAAAAAUCUACUGGAUAAAACUUUCUCUAGUUGCAUGACACUGUGAUACUGCAUACCUGUGAAGGAGUUUUUGCUCUUAGUUAAUUACAUUCAGAAGUGAAUACUGAUUUAAAUGUAAAGACUUGUUUAAAGCUCCAAUUAAAUAUUACUAAAACACUGCUACAAUGACAGCAGGCCUAGCUUAAAGUUUACUAGCAUGGUGGCAUGAUUAAUGGUGCACAUUGUAUUAGGUGCUGUGGUAUUUUUGUUGCUGUGCCAAAAAAACAUCAUACCAGUUAAACUGGUUCCUAGUUGAAGUUUUGCCAUUAUAACCUAAUUGUAACUGAAGCCACUGUUGUAUUACAGGUUUGGUUGGCAUUUGGUUUGCUGCAGUGUGUGCUCUGCAUGGUAAGAGCCUCCUUGCUGUUACAUCAUCCCACCACUAGGGGCAGCAAAGCAUCAUCUGCAGAGCCUCCUCUAGCAUCACUGGCCAAAAGCUCGUUCUGUCCACACAUCACUCACAGUAUGUACUCUGUAGGUUAACAGACAUGGACACUCUGUUCUGCACAGUGUUUAAUAGACUGCGUGAUUGCUUCGUGAGCAAGUAUACUUGAAUGUGCAAUGAGCAGUGCAGCAGUACGAGCUUUUGGCUAGAGCGUUACCUCAGUCAGUAUUGAGCUUAAUCCCAGAAAACAGAAUGGUGGGCUAUAUUAUUCUCUGGAUUCUCUCACAAUUGCCUUACAGGGCUCUGGUGAGAAGCAAUCACUUGCCUUCUGUUCCCUGGUGAAGCUAUACUCUGAUACAGGAGUAAAUUCCGUCUUAUUUAUUUUUAUUUAUUUUACCUUGGCAAAGCCCUGCAAUGGUGUCUAUACUGAUAAUAUGAGACUAGGUUGCUGAUUUGAUUUUGUAUAUUUGCCAAUAUGCAUCAUUGUUUCCAUUUAAAAUUUGCUCUGUCCUCUUUUGCUACAGUAAAAUGAUGUGAAACUGC